CAGCGGCCUGGGCUGGGCCACCUUCGCAGGCAGCAGGAGCGCCGGGCCGCUGCGGCACCGGCCGGGCCCCAGGGUGGCGGCUGCUGCGGCGAGCCUCGAGACCAGGGGGGGCAUCCUGCUGCCCACCUCGUCGUCCAACCAGCCCAGCGAGGGCGCCGUGCUGGCUGCGGGGCCAGGCAAUGUGGAGCUCGAGGGCGAGGAGCACCUCCUCCUGCGCGACAGCGACGUCUUCCUCAGCUUGGCUGGCGAGGAGCCCCCCCUCGAGACCAAGGUCCCGCUGGGCAAUGUUCUCGUGGAGCUGAAGGAGGAGGAGAGCCAGACGGAGGGCGGCCUGUUCCUCUCCAAGGGCGCCUCCAAGCCCGAGACGGAGGUGGGGGAGGUGGUCGCUGCCGCCGAGGGCGCGUGGAACGCCGCGGGGGAGCUCGUGCCCCUGGGCGUCGCGGUCGGCGAUUCCGCCCGUUCCCGCUACGGCGACGAGGGCGGCUUCGAGGUGGUCUUCAAGCUGAGCGAUGUUGGGCCCGGGCUCCUCGACGACAGCGGCGGCGUCGCCAACGCGAG